GGAACUAUAGUAUAGUUGAUAAGUUGUGAUAUCCUCAACUUGCGAGACACGCUCACAUGCUGUACUUCAGAACUGCUUGUGAAGCUUCAUAGUACUUACCAAUUGUAUCGGGAUCACUCAGUGACGUCUUAAAUAGAUUAUAUAUUUUGUAUUUACACCUAAGAACUUUUGUGUGCUGCAUUAAUAGAGUGCGUGUCCAUUCAUCUCAUUAACCGAGUGCGUGCUGUGCGAAUAAGUUGUGCUCAUAUCAGUCCUUCCUCUGCGCCAAGUGUUGUGAUAGCUCCUGUUAUGUCAGCGACUAAAGUGUGACACUUCUGAAACACUAGACAACUAUAAAUAUUACGCUUUGAUGAAUCUUGCCAUUUAAACAGAAAAUAGUUUUAUGUUCGAUUUAGAAUGAUAGUGUGAACAGGCAAACGACUACCAACUUCUGAGGCCAAUGGAGCAUUUGAUGCUGAAGCUGAGUUAUAUUUUAUAACCACUAACUGCGGACCAGCACGAAGUUAUCAUGGAACAAUUCUAGCAUCGCGAGUGUUGAAUUUAUGGAUCAUCUUGCCAUUUGCUCGCGAACUGUCAAACUUCGAAGAAGAUUGUCAGCAUUUAUUGAAAAUCUCAACGGAUGAAAAAUAUCUAUGGCUGGUAGUUCUAGUGAAGAGUGUUUUUUGAAGCCUGAAGUGAAUUAUAAGUUAGAGAAACAAGUCUCGUAACCACCACGAAUCCCUGCAAUCUUUAUUUGAAUAAUCUUCUUAACAAAGCUCGGCAACAUCGAAGAAGAUUGUCACCAUUUAUUGAAAAGCUCAACAGAUGAAGAAUAUCUAUUACAGGUGGUUCUAGUGAAGAGUGUUUUUUGAAGCCUGAAGUGAAUUAUAAGUUAGUGAAGUAAGUCUCGUAACCACCACGAGACCCCGGAAGCUUUAUUUGUUAUUUUUGUUAUUUCAUCUUGUUAACAAAGCUCGGCAACUACCACAAUGUUGACGGUCACUGUUCUAAGCGUGGAUGGCAUGACAUGCCAAUCAUGUGUACAGAGCAUCGAGUCCCACGUCGGCGCCCUCGAAGGCGUUAACAAAAUCACAGUACAACUGAAGCCUGGUCGCGCUACCGUGCUCCACGACACAUCCAUGCUCUCCCCCCAGCAGGUAUGUGAAGCUAUCGAUGACAUGGGCUUCACGUGCCUCAUCUUACCCAGUGAUUGUGACGGACAUAGAAGCGUGGGUGAUGGUGCCACGUCCUCUAUGGACGACAUCUCUCUUGACAUCGAGAACUUCGAGUCCAAGAAACUUGUGGAUGACAUCGACUGCGCCUGUGGGGACACGCUUGUCGAGGUCGCUAUUACAGGCAUGACGUCGGACGCGUGCGUGCGCAAGAUAGAGGCGGCGGUGGCGGGGGUGGCGGGGGUGAAGCUCGUGACGGUCUCCCUGCAGCAGCAGCGCGCCGCUGUCAUCCUGGACCCCAGCCUCACGCCUCCAUCUGCCGUCAGUAGAGUGAUCGAACAAGUUGGGUUUGGUGCCACGCUGUUGUCUGGUCCUGAGACGAGCGACGAGACGAAGGAGACGACGAAGGAAGAGGAGGACGUGGUGGUUGUGGGCAUUGAAGGCAUGACGUGUCAGUCUUGUGUGAAGAACAUCGAGAGCACCGUGGGUGCUAAGCCUGGUGUCCUGGGCAUUGAGGUGUCGCUGGCCAACAAGGAAGGCGUCGUAAAGUUCGCGGCGUCUCGCACCUCCGCUGAGAACAUCAGGGACCACAUCGAGGACAUGGGCUUCAUUGCCACACUGCCACACCACGACGUGCCGCGGUCGUGCGUGGUGAGCAUCGCGGGCAUGACGUGCAUGUCGUGCGUGCGCAACAUCGAGGGCACCGUGGGCAGCAGACACGGCAUCCGGGACAUUAAGGUAAGCCUGGAGGCAGGAGAGGGGCGUGUGGAGUACGACGCGUCGGUGCUGUGUGCCCAGCAGGUCGCCGACAUGAUCGACGACAUGGGCUUCACGGCCGCGCUUAAACACCGACCCAGCUUUGAGACCCAUAAGAAACUAGUCAAGGGAGGAUUGAGUCGUCUGUCUGCGGAGAGUCUGCCGUCAGACGACAAGUUCAGGACGGAUCUUAAGACCAAGGAUGGUCGUGACCUGACCAAAUCCUACAUCAAGAUCACGGGCAUGACCUGCGCGUCCUGUGUUGCUGCCAUCGAGAAACAUGCCAAGAAAAUUCCUGGUGUAGCCAACAUCCUGGUUGCGCUGAUGGCCUCUAAAUGUCCUCAUGUCCUCAGUGUUCCUCAUGCUGCAGAUAAGUGGCAUGACGUGUUGCUCAUGCUGCAGAUAAGUGGCAUGACAUGCUCAUCAUGCGUGCACGUCAUAGAGUCACACGUGAAGAAGUUGAGGGGAGUGCAGAGCGCCGUGGUUGCCCUCACCACAACCAAGGGAAAGUUCUGCUUUGAUCCGGCCACCACCGGACCCCGCGACAUCAUCGAGUGCAUCGAGGGUCUGGGUUUCACGGCAAGUUUACAGAACACCUCCAUGAAGAGCUCUAACUACCUCGACCACAGCUCUGAGAUCGCCAAGUGGAGGAACUCUUUCAUCGUCUCGCUUCUAUUUGGUCUGCCUGCCAUGAUCGUCAUGAUAUACUACAUGGCUAUGAUGAAGCACAUGACACAUGAGCAAAUGUGUUGCGUUGUCCCUGGUUUGUCACUGGAAAAUCUGCUGCUGUUUCUCCUCUCGACGCCCGUGCAGUUCGUGGGCGGUCGGCACUUCUACGUGCAGGCGGUGAAGGCUCUUCGUCACGGUACAGCCAACAUGGACGUGCUCAUCAUGUUGGCGACGACUGUAUCAUAUCUGUACAGUGUUGGUGUUGUUCUUGCCGCCAUGAUCCUCGUACAGCCUACAAGUCCCAUGACUUUCUUCGACACGCCCCCCAUGUUGCUCAUGUUCGUUGCUGCCGGACGCUGGCUAGAACAUGUCACUAAAGGCAAGACGUCGGAGGCGCUGGCUAAGUUGAUCUCGCUGCAGGCGACGGAGGCGUGUCUGGUGACCAUAGACCCUGACACUAAACAGGUCCUCACCGAGAAGAUUAUUGACGUCGAGCUCAUCCAGCGCGCUGAUGUUCUGAAGGUGAAGCCAGGCGAGAAGAUCCCUGUAGACGGACGCGUGCUGACAGGCACGAGCACAGCAGACGAGUCCCUCAUCACAGGCGAGAGUAUGCCGGUCGCUAAGAAGCCAGGCUCUGCCGUCAUCGGUGGCAGCAUCAACCAGAACGGCCUGCUGCUGGUGCAGGCCACCCUCAUCGGGCAGGACACAACCCUGGCGCAGAUCGUGAAGCUGAUCGAAGAGGCCCAGACGAGCAAGGCGCCCAUCCAGCAGCUAGCGGACCGCAUAGCGGGCUACUUCGUGCCCUUCGUCGUGACGGUCUCCUCCCUCACCCUCGUCUCCUGGAUCAUCGUCGGCUACAUUGAUAUCAGCCUCGUCGAGCCCAACUGGCAGCAGAGAGAGGCGGAAGGGUUCACAAAGCUGGAGAUAAUCCUGGAGUCAGCGUUCCGCUGCGGCAUUACGGUGCUGGCCAUCGCCUGUCCCUGCGCUCUGGGCCUCGCCACCCCCACCGCCGUCAUGGUGGGCACCGGGGUGGGCGCCUCCAACGGCAUCCUUAUUAAGGGCGCCGAGCCCUUGGAGAACGCCCAUAAGAUCAAGAGCGUGGUGUUCGACAAGACGGGCACCAUCACGCACGGACAGCCUCGUGUCACGCGCAUCUCCCUCUACUCGCCCCGCGUCUCCUUCGCGCAGUUUGCUGCCGUCGCCGGCGCCGCCGAGUCUGCUUCUGAGCAUCCCAUUGCUACUGCGAUAAGCGGGUUCUGCAAAGGUGUGCUGAACAGCGAUGUGAUGGGUCACACGAGUGGGUUCAGGGCUGUGUCAGGCUCAGGGCUCAUAUGUCAAGUGAGCAACAUUGAGCCCGCCGUCGUGGCCUCAACCACAUCAUUCAAGAUGCUCUCUGCCACCACACCUUCACCGUCCAGAAUACGCGAGGCGGGGAUCAAUAUUCCGUACACGCUGAAGCCUACAGACUCUCUGCUGCUGGUGGACGACGUGCUGGUGGACUUUACCCUGCAGAAGGAGGACACUAGCGCCUCCUCGCUCCUGCAGGUCAUCGACGAGACAAACUCUAGCAAACCUCUUCUAGGGGCCUCCCCCUCUAGCCACGUGCCUGCUGGUGUUCCUUUGACAGAGCCUGUGAACGUUAUCAUCGGCAACAGAGGCUGGAUGAAGCAGAACGGCGUGGCCGUGCCUGACGCAGUCGACGAGCAGAUGUCCCAACAGGAGAAAUUCGGCCACACCGCUGUUCUUAUAGCACUUAAUGGGGAACUGAGCGGCAUGGUGGCCGUAGCAGACACGGUGAAGGCGGACGCCGCCCUGACGGUGUACACGCUGCACAAGAUGGGGCUCGAGGUGAUCCUUCUGACGGGGGAUAACCAGCGUACGGCGCGCGCCAUCGCCAGACAAGUCGGCAUAAACAGGGUCUUCGCUGAGGUCCUGCCAUCACAUAAGGUGCGCAAGGUGCAGCAGCUGCAGGCGACAGGCGUGCGGGUGGCUAUGGUGGGCGACGGAGUGAACGACUCGCCUGCCCUCGCACAGGCGGACGUCGGCAUCGCCAUCGGCUCAGGCACCGACGUCGCCGUGGAGGCCGCUGACAUCGUCCUUAUGAGGCAAGACCUGUUGGACGUGGUUGCCUGCUUGGAUCUCUCCAAGAAAACCGUACGAAGAAUCCAUAUGAAUUUUCUCUUCGCCUCGAUCUACAACAUCGUGGGCAUCCCUAUCGCUGCUGGCGUCUUUAAACCUCUGGGCUUCGUCUUGCAGCCAUGGAUGGGCUCUGCUGCGAUGGCUAUGAGCUCUGUGUCUGUGGUGGCUUCUUCCCUUUACCUCAAACUCUACCGUAAGCCGAGCAAAGAAUCACUGGCGACAUUAGAGUUCCACAAGUCGCGGGAGGCGAGGCUGGGGACAUCAGAAGACGACGACAACAUCUCCAUGCACCGCGGACUCGAUGACCUGCCUACACCGCGUCAGGCGUCCACCCUCUCCAGGGUAAGACGGCAGCUGAGCGACGUCGUACACAAGACGCGACGCAAGUCUUGCAACUGCGACGGCAAAUCCGGCCGCGGCCGCUGCUCCUGUCCGCACACUGCCUCUCUCAGGGCCAGGUUUGAAGCCGUCAACCCCAAAGGGGCGGCGCUUGAUGCCCCGAGUAGCGCAGCGUCGCUACGGGACAACGCAGCCAUCGUGCACUUCGAGCAGUCGACCGCCACCGACUUCUGGGCGGAGGACCAAACUGACGACGAAAUUCCGCUUAUAGGCGCCAUUCCGUGAUGCCUUAUCCUAUUAGGAGCCAUUCCGUGAUGCCUUAUCCUAUUAGGCGCUGUUCCGUGAUGCCUUAUCCUAUUAGGCGCUGUUCCGUGAUGCCUUAUCCUAUUAGGCGCUGUUCCGUGAUGCCUUAUCCUAUUAGGCGCUGUUCCGUGAUACCUCAUCCAGUUUAUAAAGAAGCUGUUCCGUGAUACUUCAUGCAGUUUAUAUAGGAUCUGUUCCGUGAUACUUCAUCCCGGUUAUAUACGUUAUAGGCGCUGUUCCGCGAUACUUCAUCUCGUGUAUAGGAGCUGUUCCGUGAUACUAAAUCCAGUUAUAUAGGAUCUGUUCCGUGAUCUCUCAUCCUGCUUAUAUAGGAUCUGUUCCGUGAUACUCCAUCCCGUGUAUACAGUAGGAGCUGUUGCUGUUCCUUUAUACUCGUCAUCGCAUUCCAUGACAUCGGCACAAAUUGAGCUAUACUGCGUUCGCAGAGACGCUGGCUUCUACUGAAGGAGAUAUUGUACAGUGCCUUCUUCCUGAUUAUUUUAGUUUUUUGUGUGAUCGUGUGUGAAACUUUUCUGAGUAAUUUAAGACUCGUUAUUUAUGGACAAAUGCUUAGGAAGUUUUGUAAAGCGGAGACAAAUUAAGGAGAUUCACGUUUCCGACUUAUAGCUUCAGUAAUAUUAAUGGUCAAUGUUGAUGAUGCUCAACGAUUAAUGCUUAAUAUUCUUCAUUUUCGAUGUAAAAUGACAACUUCGAGUCGCUGUUACGAAGUUUUUAUCCUUAAUCCUUGCAAAAUUUAUGCUUAUCUCUUUAUUUCUGUGAAACAUAUCAAUCAACUCUAACUCAUUAAGGUGGAAUCUUUGAGGUGAAUAAGUGAACUGGCAAAUAUAACGUAGUGGAUAAAAGACGCGGUUACAUCUAGAAACAUGAAGAAUAGGCAGAAAGUAACUUAUUUUGUUGCGUUUUACAUCGAAACCGCAAAGCAAACUGAGUAAACGGUUAUUGACAAUAAAUGUAGAAUUAUUCUCUGCACCUAAUGCAUCACACACUAUUAUUAUUAUUAUAUUAUUAUUGCCUUACAGACAUUUUUGUAAUUAAAUAAUAACAACAAAAUAAUUAAAUAAGCUUCUCAAGUUUUCCAACCGGUUUCAAUUAGUCUCAGAAAUUGAUAUUGUCCACUAGUGUUCUAAUUAUGAAUGAUUUAACUGUAAAUACGAUUCAUAUUUCAUAGCUGAUGAAGUGUCGAACAAAACAGUAACGUCCCGCAUGAGUACUUGCAACUUUUCAUCGUUCGAAAAAUUUCAGGUAUGAUGUACCGUCGAUGUGAUGUACCGUCGAUGUGAUGUACCGUCGAUGUGACGUACCGUCGAUGUGAUGUACCGUCGAUGUGACGUACCGUCGAUGUGAUGUACCGUCGAUGUGACGUACCGUCGAUGUGAUGUACCGUCGAUGUGAUGUACCGUCGAUGUGACGUACCGUCGAUGUGAUAUAACGUCGAUGUAAUGUACCGUCGAUGUGAUGUAUCGCGAUGUGGCUUAUUUAAGAACUUAUUUAAUUCAUUUAACGACUGGUUUGAGCGUCGUAAAUGAAGCACUGGAAAACACGUAUAAAAGCGUUUUUUUAAAAGGUAAUGUGAUUAUCUGAUAAUCCCGAUGAGCUCAAAUGACUUUAUCUGUCUUUAAUUUGUUAAAAAUAUUCAUAUCGUGCUGCAGCCUAAAGCUGUUGGACAAUUAUUUCCCUUAAGAUAUUUAAACUAUCAAGAUUUUUAAAGAGGCGGAGAAUUUCUGUCGUGUUUUUCCGUUUUAUGUUUCAAGAUACGCAUGCCGUUAAUAUAUUCGACUACAUUUUAAUGUUACAAGAAACGAAUUCAGUCUACUCGUAUCUUUUUGUGGGAUCUUUUUUCGUAUUAGUCACUAAACUGCUAUAAUUAUUUUAAUUCACUAGGAAUUAUUUGUUACUAUUAAUAAAGACCUAACUAUUGCUGACGUACCUUUUCUAUAGUUCACUUGAUGUUCCUAUUGAAUAGAAGGUCUUCGUAUUUUAUGUUUUGUCUGUGUUCUUGUCACUUCCCUUCUAAAUAAUUUUAGUACGAA